AUGUUGGACGGAACUGAUCUUUUUUGGAUAAUUCUCGGUGUUACAGUUUCAUUAAUUAUAUUUUUUUGUUGUUGUAUUGGAUGUAUAAUAGUGUGUAUAGCUUUAUGUGAAGAUGAUAAUGAUGACAAAACUGAGGAAACGACUCAGAAGUCAUCAAAAACUGUCGAUUUUUCGAGCUCAGAAGUUGGUUGGGCAGUUCCGGGACAAAGUGGUGGAAUAUACCCACCAGCAAGCUCUAUACCACCAUAUCCACCAAUGAGUGCACCUAGUCCACCACCAUAUCCAACAUUGAAUCAAACACAAGCGCCUUAUCCAGCUGCAAACUCUAGAACCCCCUCACCAAUGCCAUAUUUACCGUAUCCAGUGGAAAAUGUCAAUGAGAAAAGGAAGGUUACUGAAGAUAUAGAUGGCAUUAGGGUUUUUGGAACCAGUUAA